AUGCCCGUGCGUUGCUACGGGCUUUUGAAAUAUUUUACAGAUGUUAUAUGAACAUAAUGCAUGUUAAAUUUUACAUAUAGAAAAAAGAUAGCACAACCAUAACCAGGUAAUAAUUGAAGUUCACCUCACUUGCAAUGUAAAAUGACUAAAAAAGGCAAUUUGACGAUGUAUACAUAUAGAGCGAUUAUCCAACUAACAAUUUGUUACAAAUUAAGAAUUGCUUGAUACGCUUAAAAUAUUCUCACAUAAUAUCAGGAUUGUUGUCUUUAACAUCAUUCACACGAUAUUUGAUCAAAUAUAAUACAAACUUCUUUCUCAACUCAUUCCCAUCCUGCGCAAAAACACUAUGUAGUUAGCAUGAAUACUUCGUGAACGUCACCAGAAUACAUCUCUAUCUCUCACAUAUAUGCAAAUAAUCAUAUUUAACAUGUACCUUUUGUAUUAUUAUGUAUAACAUACAUAUAAAGAAGGAUUAUUUUCUCGUGAUGUUUCAGUACGACCCAUCAUUGUUACGUCAUUGCCUAUGUCAGUUGCUAUUUUUAAAACACUAUCCAAGUCCAUCACUUUUUAAUCUCCGUUGAAGAAAACUUAAACAUAUAAACAUAUAAAAAUAUAAGAAAUAUUUUAUACUACAUUAUAUAAACAUUUAUAAUAAAUUAAAAUAAAAGUGAGACUAACACAACUUUUUAUAUUUGCAAAAAUGUUUUUUAGACAAAUUUGCAAAAAAAACUAACUUUUAUUUGACGAGGAAAUAAAACUAACUGAGUACCCCUAAUUAGAUUUUUUUAGACAGCCUGAGGCGUUCAUCCAGGGCCCAAAACUCUUUGAGCAGCGGAUGGGCCAGCCCAAGAGUGGACGGGCCGAGCUAGAGACUGAUAGAUUUCUUCUGUGUUUUCUUUUCCACCUACUAUACAUCUUAUCCAGUUCUCAAAGAAAUACUAUACAUCUUAUCCUCACGGCAUCACACAGUCCUCUAACUCUCUCAGCUCGAGCCUGAUCCCGUCCCUGCCGCUUCCCGUCCAUAGACGGCGUCGCCGCAUUCUUGUCUCCCCUCCACGGCGUCGGCCGGCCCCUCCUCUCCCAGCCAUCUCUCCUCCAUGUCGCGCGCCGAGCCCGUCCUCCCUUCCCUCGAUGGCUUCGUCCGCAUCCUCCUCCGACUGCCACGGUGGCUCGAUUGGUUCGAUCCACCGCCAUCCACGCCCGACAGGUUAUUCCGACGAUGGGGCGGCGGCGAAGCUUAGCGCGAUGACAGAGCCUUCCUCCAGCUCUACCAAGAAACCCUCGCUCUCCCUCCGUCUUCCUCCCUUUGCCAGCACCACCUAACGUCGCCAUGGUCGGUGGCCGCGACCACCAACAAGAGGAAUCGCGAGGCGGCGGCGGCGGCACCAAGGGGAAGCCGCAGCCCGUCACUGCCAAGGAAAAGCGGGUCACAGCUAAGGAAGUGUCGGAGUCGAGGAAGCCCGACUACAACCUUAAGAAAGACAUCGAAGUACUAUGGGGAAAGAUGAUAGGUCGUCAUUUGAGCAAGGAGGAUAUAAUCAAGCUAGUUACCGAGGCCCUCCGUAAAAUGGAUUGGAAAUAUUUGGAAUUUCUGGAUCCCAUACAUGUGUGUAGUGGUUCUCACACUCAAGAGAGUGGCAAGGUUAGGACGCAUAUUAUCAGAAUCUUGAAGAAGCAGAUUAUGAAGCUUGAUGUCAGUGAUUAUGGAUGCCUUGUUCUAUUUGAAGAGCUGACAAAGCAGUUAAAGGAAAUCAUAUUGAUAAGCUUAAACAGGUCCAUCUUUGACCAAGUAUAGGACGGGCAGAUGUCGUGAAAGGAAUACUCAUGGUUUCUGAAGACUGACCAUGCUCCCUCGAGUACUACGCAGCAACAAACUCAGCAAUGUGCUCGGGGACAUUGUCUUCAGUGUCGAGUCCAAGUGCUAUGUCUGAACCAAUAUUAUGAUCAAUGCUUCUCUCUGUUACUCGCAGUGAUGCAUGGUGAUCAUAGUAAGUGCCUUCACGAGAAUGAUUUCCUGAAGAACCAUUUUGUUUUAACAAAUGUAUAAAUGCAAACUAAAAAAAAGUCGUGUGUAAGGGCGAUACCGAUUGAUGUUUCCACAUGCGGCACUGGCUGAAAGGCCUUGAGAUUGCCGGCUAUAGGAAUCAUCAUAGGCAGUUGCGUGGGCACAUUGUCAUCAUCAUCGGAAGACAAAACACUGUAGUUAGUAGUGCGUGUUUGUUUGCGUAUGAAAAAACCAGAUGGUGGUCGGUGUGUAUUGGUGAGUUGUGAUCUGGGUGUCCUCUCAUAUUCGACAACUGAUAAGAUUAAUGUAAGUUAAGUUGUGAAGCUUAUUGAAUACCUUAUGUGCAGACAUGUGAUUGGCAUACACAUACCUUUUUUUCCUUUAUCAUAGAGACGCUCUCUGUGCUGUGACAUCUUUCUGUCCUAUAGAAGCUUAAAUAAACCUG